UCCAAAUCCCUAAAUUCUCCAUAUAACCCUAAAACCCUUUCGUAUAGAUUUGAGAGAUCCAGAAUCCAAUAUUUCGUUAGUUUCUACUGAAUCAACCAUGGAUUGAUAGCGAUUAGCAAAUAAUAAGAUUGUAUCUAUCUGUUCUUGGUUGGUUGAUUAGAAACUUGUGAAUCAAAUGGGAUUAUAAAUUUUAGCAUCCAAGGGUUUAAUCGAUUAAGAAACAAUUAAUCUCUCGUAAUUUCAUUGUUGAAAGUAGUCGCAGCUGAGGUGAAGUUUGUUAUCAAGUAUGAAGCAGAAUAAGCAGUUUCCACAGGUGAUGAUGAUUCUCUCGUUGUCCUUAUUACUUCUUGCUCCAUUACUAGUUGUUGAAUCAUCUUCUUUGACAAAAGAUAACAUAACAAGAGGUUCAAAUCUAUCCUUGAAUGAUCCUAGUCCUUAUUGGCUUUCUCCCUCGGGUAACCUUGCUUUUGGCUUCUACCAGUGGUCUCCUGGCCAAUAUGUAGUUGGUAUAUGGUUUGUUAAAUCACCACGGCAAACUCAAGUUUGGACAGCUAACCAUAACGAUCUUCCAUUGCGAAAACCAUCUUCAAUUCACUUCACUGAUGAAGGAAAGUUGAUGCUGCGGAGAAUGCCAGACAAUAAAGAGAAACCUUUAGUACCCGACAUACAAGAACCAGUUUCAUACGCAGAGAUGCAUGAUGAUGGAAACUUUGUAUUACAUGGUUCGUAAUCUCAAAUUGUAUGGGAAAGUUUUGAUUAUCUUACCAACACCAUUCUAGGCGGUCAAAAGUUAAGACCUGGAGUUGAUCUAUUGUAUUGUGGCAACAGAUUAUCAGUUAGACAAAGUGAUGGUUUGGUUGCUAUAUACAAUACCGAUGCUAUUACUUAUUCACUUAUUGGGGGUUAUCAAACUGAAGAGAUUGUAGAAAUUGUGUUUGAGAUUGAUCAUGUACCAGGUGGUCCUAUAACCUUAAAUUUAGACACUGCUGGUAACUUAUAUCUCGAUGAUGGACAUUAUUAUUAUUAUCUCUACCGAAACAAGAAUCAACAACAAGAAGAAGGAAGUACUGUGAGGGAGGAGGUUUAUAUAUAUAGAGCAGCACUGAAUUCAGGAGGGGACUUCAAUCUGUACAAGGAAAGAAUUGAUGGCAAUGUUAAUAUUGAUUAUGAUAAAAAGUCUUCUUCUAAUCUCGUAAGACUGUGGCCGAAGCACGGGUGGAGUAAGUACCAGAUAAUCGGGAUUAUAUGUAUUGUUGUCAUUGAGCUUUUAUUUGAUAUCGCAAUAGUGAUUACCUGCCUCAGAGGAUGCUGUAAAUGAGAGAACUAGAGGUACGUAGUGCUUUAGAAUUAGGCAGAACAUAAGCUUGUUGAGGAGUUGUGUAAUUUUCUUUUUACCUUUCACCUAUUGAACAAAAUGUUACUUUUCAUCUCUGUAUUUAUGGUGCGAAGGUGAUGCAGAGGCUAAAGAAUCAGCAUCCAGCAGUUGCAGCACCCUUACUCGUAUGAUCAAGGAUAAAAACUGAUGUGCAACUGCGGAGUUAUGCGUAGUUUGUAGAACUUGGUGUCUGCUUUACAUUUGUUAAGCCGCUUAAUUUCAUUUUGUUAGUAUUAAAUACUUGCUGCUUUCUGUUGGUCUAUUUAUGUCUAUAUAUGGUCGUUUCAGCUUGAUCCGAGGCUGAGGCUGAUUCUU